GCAAGCAAUAGUGCAUCACUCCUCAACUAACUUCGUCCUCAUUACAGACACACACACAUUCUCUCUCUCUCUCUCUCUCUCUCUCUCUCUCUCGAGCUUUUUUAAAAAUUGACGUGCAUUUUGUUCGAUUAAGCUUUGUGUUUGUUUGUUAUGAUGGUGAUCUACGAGCCGGUCACGCCGGGUCAGGUCUCGUUCUUGCUUGGCUUUGUCCCAUUGUUUGCAGCCUGGUUAUAUUCAGAAUAUUUGGAGUACAAGAAAAAUGUUAGGCCAUUGAAAGUCUACAGGAAUUCUGAUAUCAAUUUGGUUCAAUUGGGCAACGAAACAAUUACAGAAGACGAUAGAGCUGUUUUGUUGGAAGGAGGCGGACUUCAGCCAGUCUCUCCUAGAGCUCGCAGUUCAUCAUGCACAUCUCAUAUCAUCAGGUUGUUUCUGAUGGAAGAAUCUUUUUUGCUCGAAAAUCGCUUGACACUGAGAGCUAUAUCGGAAUUUGGUGGACUUUUGAUCUAUUACUACUUAUGUGACCGGACAAAUCUUUUUGGUGAAUCAAAAAAGAGCUACAACCGUGAUCUUUUCUUGUUCCUAUACUUUAUGCUCAUAAUGGUUUCUGCAAUCACUUCUUUCAAGAUUCAUCAUGAUAAGUCACCAUUUACGGGGAAAUCUAUACUUUAUUUAAACAGGCAUCAAACUGAGGAGUGGAAAGGUUGGAUGCAGGUGUUGUUCCUGAUGUACCACUACUUUGCUGCAACAGAGUUUUAUAAUGCUAUCCGAGUUUUUAUUGCUGCAUAUGUUUGGAUGACUGGAUUUGGGAACUUCUCCUAUUAUUACAUCCGUAAAGAUUUCAGCCUUGCAAGAUUUGCUCAGAUGAUGUGGAGGCUUAACUUUCUGGUGUUCUUUUGCUGCCUUGUCCUCAACAACAGUUACACGCUUUACUACAUAUGCCCCAUGCACACACUUUUUACCCUCAUGGUCUAUGGAGCACUUGGUAUAUUCAAUAAAUAUAAUGAAAAUGGAACUGUCAUCGCUACAAAAUUCAUAGCUUGCUUAUUGGUGGUUAUAAUAAUAUGGGAAGUACCUGGAGUUUUUGAUGUGGUCUGGAGCCCAUUCACUUUCCUUCUUGGAUACACUGAUCCUGCGAAACCAAAUCUCCCUGUCAUGCAUGAGUGGCAAUUUCGCUCUGGCCUUGAUCGCUACAUAUGGAUAGUUGGAAUGUUGUAUGCAUACUAUCAUCCUACUGUUGAGAAGUGGAUGGAAAAGCUAGAGGAAACGGAAGUAAAACGGAGGAUAAUAAUCAAAACAGUUGCUAUGACAAUCUCUCUAACGAUGGGAUAUCUAUGGUUUGAGUAUAUAUACAAGCUCCCAAAGAUCACGUACAAUAAUUAUCAUCCAUAUACUUCAUGGAUUCCUAUAACUGUCUACAUAACGCUGAGAAACUUAACACAAACUUUCCGAGGAUACAGCUUGACCUUAUUUGCAUGGCUUGGAAAGAUCACUCUGGAAACCUACAUAUCACAGUUUCACAUAUGGUUAAGAUCCAGUGUGCCGGAUGGUCAGCCUAAAUUGCUACUUUCUCUGAUCCCAGACCACCCUAUGUUGAACUUCAUGCUCACCACUUCCAUAUACGUCGCGAUUUCAUACAGGCUCUUCGAUCUAACUAAUACAUUGAAAGUGGCAUUUGUACCCAGUAAAGAUGAUAAGCGCCUGGUCUAUAACACAAUCACAGCAGUAGUGAUAUUGACCGUUCUCUACGCUCUUUCUUUUGUGUUUCUAAAGCUACCACUGAUGUUGGUAUGAUACUUUGGAGCACAUUAGCUUUACAAUGCAUCAAAAUCUUAUAUGAAGCAAAAAAAGACAUCUCAUUCUCUUCACACAAACCUGCAUCACAGAAAUAUAGGUUCUUGCAAGUACAUCGAUACAGGGAAAGUGUUGGGUUUUUUUUUUGCUUCGUAGCCAUUGUCUUAGAAAGCGAUACUGGAAAGAGUGUAGAUAAACAGUUGUAGUGUGCAAUUGUGUAGUAACAGUUCAUGAUUAGAAAGAAUCUUACAAGCUCAUACAGCAAUCAGAGCAGAGUAGAUGUUAAUGUUGGAACAUGUACUUCAUCAAGUGUAUAUGCAAGUUGAUCCAGAUACCAUACAUCAUAUUUCUUCUGUAAUA